AUGCCCCUCUCAAUUUACAAAAAACUUGGUUUAGGGGAGGUGCAAGAUACCCGCAUGACACUGCAGUUUGCGGAUCAUUCUAUGAAGAGACCAUACGGUAUAACAACAGAUGUCCUGGUGAAGAUUGAUAAAUUUGUAUUUCCGGUUGAUUUUGUGAUACUUGAGAUGCCGGAAGAUGAGGAGAUUCCUCUCAUACUGGGAAGAUCUUUCCUAGAAACUGGAAGAUGCAUGAUAGACAUUGAAGAAGGUACCAUGACCCUCAAAUUUUAUGAUGAAAAGCUAAAAAUUGAUAUUACAACACCCAGGCUUCCUUUGGAGAGAGUUUUGAGUUUAUCUAUUGUGGAGGAUACUGAAGGAAUUGAUGAGGAAGAAUCCGAAGUGGUAGCAAUGUUAAAGGAACAACCGCCUUGGGUUCGUUCCCGACCGCAACGUUGGGAGGAGCUUCGACCUAAAACAUCUUCAGAAUCAAAACAGGAUAUUAAAAAGAGGAUAGAGUUGAAACAAUUACCGGAACAUCUCAAAUAUGUUUUUCUUGACAAGGAGGAAAAAUGUCCAACAAUCAUAAAUUCAGGUAAGGAGAAAGGAUACCAUAAUCAUACCAGCGUCGCAGUGACAGGAUGCCAGACCAAAGAAGCAUUUCCGAAUUCAGAAAAUGUGAAAAACAGGGGCAUCAACACAGCCACCCGUGUGCUGACACACGGCCGUGUUGAUUAA